AUGAUGACUUUUUUAUUUACUUUAGUUUGCCUAUUCAGUACUGUUUCAGCCUUAAUAUCCUGCUCGCAGCUAUACUGAACUUCAGAUCCCUCUCCAAAUAAAGCCACCAAUUUUCAAAGCUCCAAAUAUCCAUUACCUUUUUUCAAUCCUAAUGACCCAUCUUCAUUAUUCCAUUCAAUUAAAUGCGAAGACAUGCAUAUGCGCAAUAUUUCAAUGACUGAAAUGAAUGAAUUUUUGGGUCCUGAAAUUUUAGAAGCUAUGCCUGGAUGAUUGAAAACCCAAUGAUUAAGUAUGUUUGAAAAUUCUUCAAAUCCUUUUUCUGAUAUCUUCAUCAAUGGAAAUAAGAAGAUUACUAGCUUUAAUAAUGACCUGAGGAAAAAGCCAAGAUCUAUCACAUAUAAGGAAAUCACUGAAAUUAAUGAAAAUCUUAUAUAUUCAGAAAUUGAUCUAGGAAAAGUCAGUAUUGAGCAUAAAAAUGAAAAAACAAUAGAAUUCGAAAAUACAUCAAAUGAGCCUGUAUUUGUUGAAUUAUUUAUAGCCCCUGCAAAUAUUCAUCUGAAUUAUAAGCACUGCAAAAAUGAGUUUUAUUACAAUGAAGAAGAUGAGUUUGAGCAUUUGCCCAAAUCUUCUGAAUGCGAAAAAGACACUGAAAUUGAAAUAAUCAAAACACUUACUAAUAGAAAAUCGCCAAAACUUAAACGGACUCUAGAAAGUGUUAAUUUAUAUGGGAAACUUUUAAGUGGACUUGGCUUAGGAAACAACGAUUUUGAUGAAAUUCUAUUUUCAUCAAAUUCAUAUGAAAACAAAUCAAUGGAUUUUCCAUUCUAUUUGGAAAAGCGUAAAAUUUUCAUAAUACCUCCUCAUAGUAUAGGUAAUAUUGGGGCAUUAGUUUUCCAGCCAAAUCAUGCCAAAAAAUAUUCAGCUUCACUUUUUAUUAGAAACGGUUCUAAAUUGGUGCAGCACAUAAAAAUUGUUGCUGAAGGAAUUUCUUAUAGUCUGAGUAUUCUUGACUCUAAAUCUGGGCUACUAAAUUUUCAUAUAUCAGAAAGUGACAGGCUAGAUAAUGAGCUAGUUUUUAGAAAGGACUUUACACUUUUAAACUCAGGGCAGGUUCAAGCAUCAAUUAAAGGUAUUUAUUUAGAUGGGGCUAGCUGUGAGAUGCAUGGAUUUAUUCUUUAUCCUUGCGGUGAAAGCAUAAAAAUUGAUCCUGGGUUUUCUUAUAAGAUCAGCUUGCUAUAUGCGCCAGAUUUUCAUGAAUUUUCAGCUAAUUAUCAUAUGGAAAUCUAUACAGAUAUUGAAAUUAUAGAAAUUGGCAUCAAUUUGAAUUUUCCAGUCCAUAUUAUUGAAAAAUCUGCAUAUGCCAACUUUAAACUAUAUACAUUAAGAGGGAUUGAAAUAGUUAUAUUAUUUAUUUUUUCAAUUACAUUGGCUCUUUCACUCACUUUGGGUCGGAAUGUAUGCAAAACCAAAAAUUCUUUUAAAUUUACGAUGGUAUCUUCGAAAUUUGAAAUAAAAGAGAGUUUUAUUUGGAUCCCACAAACCUAUGAGCCUCCAUAUUUCCUCCAAAAACAAGAAGCAGAAAAACAGAUUGAGCAGGAAAUUUCCCAAGAAAUUUGUUCUGAGCCACAACAGGUGAAACUAGAAAAGAAUAAUAAAACCAAAAAAUCUAAAAAAAAGCCAAGGAAAUUUGCUAUUGAAAUAAAUGAUAAGCCAUCUAAGCCUCUAGUUCAGGAAAAUCAGAUAUUUGCCAAUAACAGUUUUCUUUCUAAAAAAAGAGUAAAGACUGAAUUGAGGUGCUCUAUAGCAUCUGAUGAAAAUACAGCAGCAAGCUAUACAACAGGCACGAAUUUGAAUAACUCCAUAGCUGAAAAUGAGGAUUCUCCUAUGGUGACUUGGCAUACUGAGGAUGAUUUUUCAGAGCUUGCUUUAGAUGAAGAAGAUUAUUUUAUAGACACCUAUCGUGCUGGGAAUGGACUUUUCAGCGGACCUACAGUCUUGAGAAGCUUCAUGUUUGAAAAUGAUCCUCAGGUUUCAUUCGAUUAA